UCGAUUCUCCGAUUGAUCGUGCGUACUUGUUAAGCAGAACAGAAUACUCACGACGCUAUCCAAGAACAAAUACCAUAUAGAUAUUGUUAUCUUAUUACGAUACGAUGACCUUGAUAAACAGUAUAUCAGUUUUUUUUCUGGUUUCCUCGUUCAGCAAGCUGCCUCCUGCUUCAGUUUCAUCUUCUCUGAUCAAAUAGCUUGUAUUCCACAGCUUAGAAUUUGGAGGUUUGGUUUUCUAUUAUAUAUAUUGUCUUCUUUGACACGAGAAAGCGGUGGAAAGAAAAAUGUUUUUUGACGGAUAUGGGCAUCACGGGAGUGACGGGACAUCAUUUGAGCAGAUAUAUCGAUGUUACCCCGCUUCUUUUAUUGAAAAGCCCCAAAUUGAGAAUGGUGAUAAAAUUAUAAUGCCUCCUUCAGCCCUUGACCGUCUAGCAUUUCUUCGUAUUGACUAUCCAAUGUUGUUUGAGCUUCGAAAUGGUGCUGCUGAGCGGGUUUCUCAUUGUGGGGUUCUGGAGUUCAUUGCAGAUGAAGGCACUAUAUAUGUUCCAUACUGGAUGAUGCAGAAUUUGCUUUUGCAAGAGGGAGACACCGUAAGAGUGAAAAAUGUAUCGCUUCCCAAGGGAACAUAUGUUAAGUUACAACCCCAUACAAAGGACUUCUUCGAUAUUUCCAAUCCAAAAGCCAUCCUGGAAACUACUUUGAGAAAUUUCUCAUGCUUGACAACUGGAGAUACUAUCAUGGUGACAUACAACAACAGAAAGUAUUACAUAGAUAUUAUAGAAACAAAACCUACUAAUGCAGUAAGCAUCAUGGAGACAGACUGUGAGGUGGACGUCGCUCCUCCCUUGGAUUACAAGAAACUUGAAAAGCCUAUUGCAUCUCUUGGUUCAGGCAAAGCAAUAGACGAAGCUAAGUUCCACCCUUUUUUUGGAAGUGGAAGACGCUUGGAUGGAAAGCCAACCCCUCCUGUUUAUUCUUCAUGCCCUAAUGACAAGGACAAGGGACCUGAUUCUUCAAAUGUCAACUCACUUUCUUCUACAACAUCUUGCCCUUCUCAGGGGAAGCUAGUGUUUGGAUCAAAUGUUUUCCGUACAAAUGAAAAAGGAAAGGAAAAAACCGAGUCAAAACAAGAGCCACCCCUUCAGAAACAGUCCAAGUUCCAGCCUUUCAUUGGGAAGAAGUAUUCCCUAAGAGGUUGAUUGACAUAAAAUCAUUGGUACCAUCGUCCUGAUAAUCUUGGCUUCUUUAUCUUGCUCAAUGUCAUGCUGAUUGUGGCUCUGAGGGAGACAUUGAAUGUUAGUAGUACGGCCACAGGCUUGACUAGUAUGCACCUGACUGAUAAUCUACUAUCUUGUAGUAUUUUAAUUUAGAAAUAUAUAUACAUACAACCAGUCUU